UUAUCCACAUGUACAUAUGUUUGCAAAUACGCAAUGCUGAACGGUUUUCUGUGACGUCACUACGAUUUGGGUGAUCACCAUGCCGCCCUACUGGCAGAAAUAACUAUCGGUAUUUUCUUACUUUUUUAUGGGACACAAUUUAUGACAAAUUGCCUAUAGCGAGCGUGCUCCUUCCACCUCCAUUUUAAAUAUUUAAUAAUUUACCUAUUAAUUUUCUUAUUUAUUCAUUAAUGUACUUAAUAUAUUUAAAUUUAUUUUAAAAUUAAUAUUAACUUUUCUAUACACUAUUUUGUAAAUUCUCGGAUGAAUAACAAUUUGUUAUUCGUCCGAAUUAUCAGAUCGCUAAACACACUGGAUAUAUUGAAUAUUAUAUUUAAAGCCCCGUUAAACAUAUAAGAUAUUAAAAAAAAAAAAAAAAUUCAUUGGAUAUGGUAAUUUUGAGUUGUAUUUCAUUUUCGCUUGUACACUAAUUUAGUUUCAGUUAUGGAUCUGGUUAAAGUUCCUGGUAAAACACCAGGAUCAUUUUUAUUCUUAUGUGGUUCAUGGAUUUAUAAAGAAGUGAAAAAUUCCAAUGAAACAAAGUUUCAUUGUAAAUCCAAGAGAUCAAAUUACAAAUGCCCUGCAAAAAUAAUAAUGAUAAACGGAGUUUAUGAAGGUCGUUUAGAUGACCAUAAUCAUCCAGAGCCACCACCUAUAGAAAACGAGCCACUCGUAAGAAACCUUGUUGACACCUUAUGCGGUGAAGGAACACUGGCUCCAAACGAAAUUGUCACUUUAAUAAAGUCAAGAGUGGAAAAUAAGAGGUUUUCAAAUAGUUCUUUAAGAGCAAGGGUUAGUAAGAAAAGAAAAAGCCUGAAACCAACUAUUACUAAUCAAUUAGGAGAAUUAACAGAUAAUGUUGAUACCUAUCCACCAAUUAAAAAUAUGCUAAGACAGAAAGUAGUGGCAGAUGAUGGCUCUGUUGCCAUCAUUAUAUCAUCAAAAGAAAUGUUUGAUAGAGUUGGUGAUGUGGAAGAAAUUAAUGUGCAAGCAACAUUUAAGAGUGUUCCAGUAAAUUUGAACAUUUCGCAGUUACUAAUAUUUCAUUUAAGAAAAAAAAAUAUUGGAAUACCGAGUAUUUUUAUAUUAUGUGAAACGGUCACGGAAUCCUUGUACAAGGAAAUAUUUGAUGAAAUUUUAGUAAGAGUACCGUCAAUAAAAAAAAAUUUACAGAGAAUCGUCGCUGACUAUAACAAAGAAUUUAUUCAAGCAAUAAAACAAGUUUUACCCUCAAUAACAAUUACUGGAUGUUGGUUCUACUACAUUCGGAUGACGGCAAGAUUAUGGGUUAAAAGUGGUUUAGGAAAAGAUUUUACUCAUGAUAUAUUGCGAUAUAGUUUUUCAAUGCCUACUUUGCCAGCUUCUCAAUUUGAAAAUGUCAUCGACGAAAUAAAUGCUUUAAUUAAUGUUCCAAAUGAUAAAGAAAUUGAAAAUAAACAGUAUCUUUUAAAAUUCACUAAAUACUUGAAAGAUUGGUGGUUACCUCAAGCAGCUUUGAUUACAUCACAUGGAGAGAAUACGAAUUUUAUAAAUAUUUCUGAGUAUUUCCAAAGACAUAUUGGAAGUAACUUGGGAUCCACUACUCCCGAUAUAUUUCAGUUUACAGAACGAGUUAGGCGAUUGAAUAAUGAAUAUGAUAAAGUGUGGAAUGAUAUGGAGAAGGAGGCUACCUAUCAACAUUUUGAAAAUCAAUGCCUAAUCAAAAUUACUAAUCACAUUAAAAAGCUCUUGGUUGAUCUUGAAGAUGGUACAAUAUCAUUAUUGGAGUAUUUAGAAACUGCAAUUGAACCGUCUAUGCAAUUAGAAAUUCUAACCCAGUUAAAAGUACCCCAAUAUUUAGGAGACGAAGAUAACAUCUCAGAAUUACCUGAUUUACAAUUAAUGAUUUGAAAAUUUGUUUAUCGUCAUAAAUUUAUGUUAAGCAUUGUUUUUGUUUACUUCAUAACGAAGCUCAAUUAAUUAUAGAAUUAUUUAUAAAUAAGGAUAA